GUGGCCGCGGUUAUCGUAGCGGCAGGCAGCGCGGACACCGUGGCAGGGGGCGCGGUUAUGGAGGCCAGAAUCAUCAGCAGUACGCCGGCCAGCCUUACCAGCAGCUUCGUGGACCUCCCGUUCCGGGGUAUGGUGCACCUGGCUGGCAGAAUCCUCCUCCAGCUUUUGCUCCACGUGCACCACAUGCUCCUGGGUUUCAAGUUGAUAAUUUUCAGUCCCCCCCACCACCCAUAGUUUGUCAAAUAUGCUUUUCUCCUGGUCAUUCUGCUUUGGCCUGUCCUCGUUAUGUCAACCCGUCUGCUCCAGCUUUGGUGGCUCUUCCCACAGGCGAAUCAAAUGAAUCUGUAUGGUACCCUGAUUCUGGGGCUUCAGCUCACAUGACUCCAUCAGAAGGACAACCACACGGGGGCCAUCCUUCUUCAAGCAACCAAUAAAGACUGCGUUUAUCCCUUCACAGCUAUCCAUCAACCUGCCCCGUUUCUGACCUUCAAGAC